UAAUAGUCACCUCCUAUUUUAGGUUAUGAUUCAUUAUAUAAUGAAGUCCGGAAAUUUGAAAAGCAAUAUCGAGGCCGAGAGCUGCCAGGGUUUGUGAACUACAAAACCUUUGAGACCAUCAUAAGAAACCAAAUCAAAGUCCUGGAAGAGCCAGCUGUAGACAUGCUGCACAGGGUCACAGAAAUGGUACGAGUCACCUUUUCCAGUGUUUCUGAAAAAAAUUUUGCUGAGUUUUUUAACCUCCACAGAACUACCAAGUCCAAACUUGAAGACAUCAGAUUAGAACAAGAAAAGGAAGCAGAGAAGAUGAUCCGACUUCACUUUCAGAUGGAGCAUAUCAUCUACUGCCAAGACCAACUUUACAGAGGAGCCUUGAAGAAGGUCAGAGAGAAGGAAGCUGAGGAGGAAAAGAAUGAGACAAAGUCGAGUGCCUUUACUUCCUCUCAGUCUCAAGCUUCACAGAACUCAUCCAUGGAUGAGAUCUUUCAGCAUCUGAAUGCCUACCGCCAGGAAGCUCACAAUCGCAUCUCCAGCCACAUUCCUUUGAUCAUCCAGUAUUUCAUCCUGAAAAUGUUUGCUGAGCAGCUGCAGAAGGGCAUGCUCCAGCUCCUGCAGGACAAGGACUCUUGCGGCUGGCUCCUGAAGGAACGUAAUGACACCAGCGAGAAGAGGAAGUUUCUGAAGGAGAGGCUGUCAAGGUUGGCCCAGGCUCGCCGGCAGCUAGCCAAAUUCCCUGGUUAAGCUGGUCCUGCCCUUCUCUGUGUCUCCUGGACAGUGCGUCAGGGACAGAAGGGCUCCUGCCUUUCCUGGUAGCUAUUCCACCACCCUUUAGCCUCUGACCUGGUAUUGUUGUUAGCAAUCAGAAGCAAAGGGAAACUCUCUGCUCACUCUAAGAUCAGGAAGGAGAAGAGGCUCUAAAACACAGGAUGCAGAUGGGUAGACGAUGCUUCUUUUCUGAUAUGACAAUGGCUUCACCCUAAGAACCUUUCCCACCUUGGCCUCUACCUUCUCAGCACCCUGUUUUAGUGCAUCAUUCCAGUAGGGAGCUACCUAUUGCAUUCAUUCCUAAUAAACCACUUUUGACACUU